GACUUAAAAAAAGAGUUGACUACCCAAACCCAACUCUAUUUUAUUCGCCAAAAUAAUACAUAUAUAUAUUUAUAACAAUAUAUUGUAUAAUAUUAAAAGGAACUUAUAUCAUUUUUAAGUGUUUUAAAGUUUGAGCACGUAACGUGAAGUUAGCAUGAAGAUAGAGCAUUUUCACUCCUACACAAUUCUUGUUAUUUAUUAUUUUUUGUCUUUCUUUGUCGUCGCUCAUGCCCAGGAUCAAUCAGGCUUCAUCAGCUUAGACUGUGGAUCACCCAAAAACACCAGCUUCGCCGAACCAACAACAGGCAUAAAUUACAUCUCAGACGAACCUUUCAUCAACAGUAGUGGAGUGAGUAACAGCAUACUACCACUUUACAGACUGAAUCUUCAACAACAUGCAAUAAAACUCAGAAGCUUUCCUGAUGGAAUAAGAAACUGUUACACUAUAAACAUAAAAAAGGGUACCAAGUAUUUGAUAAGGUUAUCUUUUCUGUACGGGAAUUAUGACGCCAAAAAUAAUACCCCUAAAUUUGAUAUCCACUUGGGUGCUAAUUUUUGGGAUACGGUGAAAGUAGAGGGUAUAUCUACACCUUCUAUAAGGGAGAUCAUCCAUGUCCCAUUACAGAAUUAUGUUCGUGUUUGUCUCGUCAAUACUGGAACAGGGACACCUUUUGUUAACGCAAUAGAACUUCGGCCUUUGAAAAACAAUACCUAUGAGGUCGAUCAAUAUGUAUCUUUGGCUAUGGUUGAUCGGCUCGAUAUUGGUUCAACCACUAAUGGAGCACAGAGGUUUCCAGAAGACGUUUUUGAUCGGAAAUGGGGGAGUUUUCAGGACGAGAGUGUUUGGACGACCAUAACGACGUCGUUGAGUGUGGAAUCAAAUGAAUUCCUAGUACCUUCUCAGAUAAUGAGAACUGCAGCGACGACCAUCAAUAGUGCACCUUUGGAGCUUUUUGUGACGGCCAGCGAUGAGAGUAACAGAUUUUAUGUCUACUUGCAUUUUGCUGAACUUGAAAAACUCAAGCCCAAUGACUCUAGAGCAUUUGAUAUUAAACUAAACAGUGUCAACUUAUACAAAAAUUGUGUACCCAAUUACUUGUCAACAAACACUAUCUACAGCAUUUCACCAUUUACUGGGAGAUUGAACUAUACAAUCUCAAUCAACAAAGCCUGGAAUUCGACUCUACCUCCAAUCUUGAAUGCCAUCGAGCUCUAUUCUCUUAUAGAUCUCUCUCUACCAGAAACGGCCCAAGCUGACGUGGAUGCGUUAACGAACGUAAAGUCAGCUUAUGGAGUUAAUAAGAGAAAUUGGGAUGGAGAUCCUUGUCUCCCAUCAAACUACUCGUGGGUGGGUCUCAACUGUAAUUUUGACGGUUCAGAUCCUCCUAGAGUCACAUCUUUGAACUUAUCUUCGAGUGGAUUGACUGGCGAGAUAAGCACACAUAUCUCAGAACUCACUGAGUUGGAGUCCUUGGACUUGUCAAACAACAAUUUAACAGGAUCAGUGCCUGAUUUUCUUUCUCAGUUGUCAAAAUUAAAAGUCUUAAACCUGGGGAGAAACAAGCUUACAGGUUUAGUGCCAGCAGUACUCGUUGAAAGAUCAAAGGAUGGUUCACUAUCAAUAAGUAUUGAAGGAAACCCAGAUUUAUGUGAGUCGUUUCCAUGCAAAAAGAAUAAGAAGAGCAGCAAAGUAAUUCCAAUAGUCGCAUCAGCUGGUGGUUUUGUCAUUCUUUCGAUAGUAGUAGUAGCAAUUAUUUUGAUAAUACUACUGAAUAAAAAGAAACGAGCUGCAGGUGUAAAUGAUGAUAAAUCAGCAUAUUCUAAUAAUUUCCAGAAUGAUUCGUUUGAGUUCAAACAACGUCAAUUCACGUACUCUGAGAUUGUUAAAAUAACUAACAACUUCGAGAGAAUUCUUGGAAAAGGUGGAUUUGGAACCGUUUACCAUGGCCUCAUUGAUAACGUUCAAGUAGCUGUGAAGAUGCUUUCUGCUUCAUCAGUUCAGGGAUUUCAACAAUUUCAAGCAGAGGUUAAACUUCUUAUGAGGGUUCACCAUAGAAACUUAACUACCCUUGUUGGAUAUUGUAACGAAGGAACGAACUUGGCACUUAUUUACGAGUAUAUGCCCAAUGGAAGUUUGGACACACAUCUUUCAGAUGAUAGCCGUACAAAAGUCUUGAGUUGGGAGGAAAGACUCCACAUAGCACUGGAUGCAGCUCAAGGAUUGGAGUAUUUACACAGCGGUUGUAAGCCAGCCAUAGUACAUAGAGAUGUAAAGGCUGCAAAUAUUUUGUUAAAUGAGAAUUUUCAAGCCAAAAUAGCAGACUUUGGUUUGUCCAAGUUUUUCCCAACUGAUGGUGGUACUCAUGUGUCCACAAUUCCUGCAGGCACUCCUGGAUAUCUUGACCCUGAGUAUUAUAUGACUCACAGACUUGUAGAAAAAAGUGAUGUGUACAGUUUUGGAGUGGUGUUAUUAGAAAUAAUUACAAAUCGACCAGCCAUCAGCAGAGUAAUUCAUGAGAGGGAUCGAGGUCACAUAACUCAGUGGGUGAGCUUUAUGCUUGCCAAUGGAGAUGUCAAAAGUAUUGUUGAUCCAAAGUUAGAGGGAAAUUUCGAAAUCAACUCAAUAUGGAAAGCUGUGGAAGUAGGCAUGGCUUGUGUGUCUAAAAAGUUAAACAUGAGUCAGGUUGUAAUUGAAUUAAAGGAGUGUUUGGCACUAGAAUUAGCUCAGAGACACGACUACAACAGCAGCCGUAGUGUGACUGAUCAUCAUUCAGUAAAUGAUGAAAUGCUAUCUCUUGAUCUCGAUGUUAUGAUUACUGAAUCACAUCCUCUCGCACGCUAAUUUAGAAUUUCAGUUAAUUAAUGUCUAAUUGUUUCGUUCUUUUUCAUUGAAAUUGAAAUGUAAUAAUCUGUGAUAGAUCACCAUUUUUAUAUUAUUAUUUGAAAAAAUUAUAUAUGAAAAUAAAUGAAGGGAUAAGUUGAAAACAA